AUGACCAUGGCCUUCUCGCCGCCAGACACUUCUUCCCUCGAGCGUGCAGCUUAUCUCGUGGGCUAUCCAAUCGCCCACUCCAAGUCUCCGUCGCUACACCACGCAAUAUAUUCGGCCAUGGGCCAGUCAUGGGGCCAGUGUCUUUGCGAGACAACUGACCUAGAGGGCUUUCUAGCAUAUCUCAAAAGUGAUCCGAAAUGCAUGGGCAGUGGUGUCACCAUGCCCUUCAAAGUCGCGGUGAUUCCUCAUCUUGACCAACUCACCAACGAAAGCAAAGCCAUCGGAGCCGUCAACACCAUCUUCUUCAAGACUGCAGCAGACGGGUCAAGAAUAUACUGCGGGACGAACACUGACUGUGUAGGCAUCCGUGACGCCUUCUUCACCAAUGUCAAGGGCUCGUCCUAUCGAGGAAAGCCUGGACUGGUGGUAGGGGGAGGUGGCACCUGCAGAGCAGCCAUCUACACACUCCAGAAAUUCAUGGGUUGUUCGCCAGUAUAUAUAGUCAACCGGGACGUCGGGGAAGUUGAAGCCGUACUGCGAGAAUGUCAUGCUCAGGGAAUGGACGACGACCUGGUUUAUUACGUCUCAACAAGAGAACAAGCGGAACAGCUGCCACCUCCGCGCGCAAUCGUCAGUGCUGUGCCGGACUUUUUACCCGUCACCGAAGAUGAGAAGACGGCGCGAGACGUGCUGGCGGCUUUGUUAGAAUCAGGAGACAAAGGCGCCCUGUUGGAAAUGUGUUACCAUCCUUCUCCUGACACUGAAAUAUCCAGGCUUGCUACAGCGUGUGGUUGGCAAGUGAUCGGUGGGAUUGAAGCCAUGAUCGGCCAAGGGUUGGCUCAGGCCAGCCUAUGGACCGGAAGAGAUAUCGACGACAGGUUGAGAGAUGUGGCGAGGAAGGCGGUGCAAGAAGCAAUGGUCUCGGCACACUGA